AUGCUCUAUCUUGCCUUCCUCCUCCUUGCCCUCUGGACCGCCUCUGCAUCUGCCUCAGCCCUGGCCCAAGGCGGCGGCCUUCCAUGCUCAGGCACAGUCCAGGGCUGUGCGAAUCGACUUCAGAAUAACCAAGCCCCUGGCGCGGCCUCCAAGUCGGCCGACUGCUCCAGUUUCCAACGGACCACUGUGUCUCUCCCCGCCACGACCGUCACAUCAACCGUAUCCACAGUGACAGUCACAGUCACGGAUUGCCCCGACGCACCCCCCGAGGGGAGAAGGCUCGCCGCCCGCCAGGUCACCGUCACCCCAACCGCAACCCCAACCUACCUCGACGGCCCCUGCACCACCCCCGGCAACUACGCCUCCGCCUGCUCGUGCAUCGGCAUCCCCCCAACCAUCACAACGGUGCCCGGCCCCACCGAGACGUCCUCCGUCACCGCGACCGUAACCGUCACCGUCGCCCCAAUUUGCGAGGGGGCAACAUGCCCGGACUACGUGCCUGUCACAUGUGAAGUCGGGCUGUUCAACAUAUGUGCUUGUGGCAUCGACACCAACGGCGACCCGUUCUGCUUUGCUAAUGACAACUGUGACGAUACACCCACCUGCACAUCAAACGCGGAAUGCGCCGCUGGCAGGAAGUGCCUUGAUGUUGGCCCCUGCUGUCCUGGGGAAGAAGGGUUGGGUCACUGUUUUGUGGAGGCGCCUCCUGGGACUUGCCCGCCUGCUUGUGGGCAGGGAGCCGGUGCCCAGUCGCUGGCAAACCCGAGCUCGGGCGAGUGUGCAGGUGGUAUUCUGUGUGCUGCCUGA